AUGGACAAGCUCGUCCCCCGCAAGCGCGCGCCGCUGGAGCUCGACGCCGACCCCCACGGCGACCCUCAGGAGUUGGCCCAGUUCCUGGACCCCCAGGAGAUGCUUGCCGCCGUCAUCCUGACCCUUCAAACUCCCGACGACGCCACCAACGUCGCUUUAACCUACGCCAACGAUAAGCUGAACGUCACCGAAGUGCAGGCCUACGCCAAGAUCGCCGGCCACGACUGGACGUACUACGUGAAGCUGUUGGCGAUUUCCAUUGGCAGAAACACCGAGGGGGCUCCCCUGGGAGCCCCGCAAGUGGAAAUCGAUCUCGGCCCCGCCAAAGUGGUGCUGCGCCAGCACGCGCUGAUCACCUACAAUUUGGACUUACGGUGCUGGGAAUUCAAAGUGUUUGGCCGCAACGGUGCUCGCGUCGACGGCACUAAGAUCACGCCGCUGCCGCUGGGCGUGGUCACCCCGACGCCGCUCCAGCUGGGCGCCAUCCUCGAUAUCGGCGGCACCCAGAUGAUUUUCAUUCUUCCCGACCUGCCGCCGAAAAUCAACCGCAAAAUGCUUACAAAGUGCCUUGCCCGCUACAAGGAAGUGGCCCAGAAACUGGACAACGGCUACUAUAAGCACCAGCCGAUAAAGCCAUUCCAGAUGUUCGACAACGGCCACCUCGCCUCCGCCAACGCCAUCAACACCACCGCCGCGGUGCUGGCGACGCUGCUACAGAACAAUUUGGACCAGGAUCUCAGCAAGGAAGAGCUGAAGGACAUCAAGCCGCCGUACCUGUACGCCACCAUGAUCACUCAGGCCAUCCUCAGCAACGAGGACGGCGUCCUCUCCCUCUCAGAGAUCUACGACUGGAUUCUGAGUCACUACGCCUACUACAAGUACCUGAAAACCGGGUGGCAGAACCUGAUCCGCCACAACUUGUCCCUCAACAAAGCAUUUGAAAAAGUGCCCCGACGCCCUAACGAACCGGGUAAGGGGAUGAAGUGGCAGAUCCUGGAGCUGUACAAACAAGAGUUUCUCAAAAACAUCCUGAACGGCCAGCACAGCAAGCUGAGACGCGGGCUGCUGGUGCUGCGCCAGCUCCACCUCCACUUGGCCAUGCACAAGCAGUUACCGGAACUGAGCAAGUACUACGACAAACAGCUACAGGCGCACCCUCCCAAAGACGCCAACCAGUCACCAGUUCUGGCUCCGGGCCAACCGCAGCAACAGCCACCGCCUCAUCCUCAGCAAUUGCCUCCGCAGAACGCUCAAUUCCAGUUCCCUCCAGGGAUGUACCAGGCACCCCUCCCGGCUCACCAGGGUCCUACGGCACCUCCCCCACAGCAGCUAGGAGCCCAGUACCCCCAGUUCCAGCCAACACACUCCCGCACCAACUCGCUCCCCAAGAUUCUGCCACAACAAAUCCCCCAGCUGCAGCCGUACCCACCGUACCAGCAGCUUGGCAGCGCCCAAUUUUUCCCCCACCACCAGCGCGGGCUGCUGUUUGGCAGCACGAUGCCGGGGCUGUUCCCCGGCGGGCCCCUCUCCAAUACCCCCCAAGGCCCGCUGAUGUUUGCCCUGCUCCAGCUGACGGGGCUUCUGCUGCCGCUACGCCAGGCUCAAGGCGAUAGCGGCACCACUCCCAAGCUCCGGAAGGUGGGAAACUCGGGGGUGGGCACUCCGCUGGCGGCGGGAGUGUCCACCAUGUUUAACUUGCCGCCGCCCACUACCACCAACGGCAUGCCAGUCCAGGCGCUUCUGCUGCUGCUAGCUCCCUCCACCAACGCUGACAGCACCAACAACCCUUCCCAGCUGACGCUGGCGACGCUGGCGACGCUGGCGGGGGCCGACAUCGGCUUUGCCUCGCCGAAAAAAGUGGCCCAGCUCGAGGCGUUUACCCCGGAACGCGGGCCUAAACUUGGCCAAAACAACAAGGACGGCCAGCUCCGGGUCAACGCCCCCAGCCAGCUGCUGCCGGCGUUUUGGAACUUUGUUCAGUUCAGCACCCCGAACGGCCAGACACCGCUUCGGAAACCCAGCGACGAGGGCGACCAGGGGUCCCCCACCAUGCGCAAGCUUAAGGAAAAGGACGACGCGUGA